UAUUUCUCUUGAAGAGAGUGAAAAAAUCCUAAUGAAAAUUCCUGAUGACAAUGAAAAAGGAUAUAUAUUAGAAGUUGAUCUGGAAUAUCCCAAAGAAUUACAUGAUUAUCAUUCUGAUCUACCUUUAGCUCCAGAGAACAGAAUACCAGAUGGAUCAAAACAAUCUAAAUUAUUAACCACAUUAUAUGAUAAAAAGAAGUAUGUGCUUCAUUAUAAAAAUCUUAAACAAUAUUUAAAAAUGGGGAUGAAACUUAAAAAGAUACAUAGAGUAUUAGAAUUCAAGCAAUCAGAUUGGUUAAAGAAAUACAUAGACCUGAAUACUGAAAUGCGAACCAAAGCAACUAGUGAUUUUGAAAAGGACUUUUAUAAAUUAAUGAACAACUCUGUGUUUGGAAAGACAAUGGAAAAUAUAAAAAAUCGUGUUGACAUAAGAUUAUGUUGUAACUCAAAAAAAGUAGAAAAAUUAAUCGCUAAGCCGAACUUUAAACAUCGAACCAUAUUUACUGAAAACCUAUGUGCUAUUCAUAUGUAUAAGAAAAAAAUAGUCCUUAAUAAACCUAUCUAUGUGGGAAUGAGCAUAUUAGAUCUUUUGAAGCAAUUGAUGUAUGAUUUUCAUUAUAAUGUGAUGAAACCUAAAUACAGAGAUAACAUAAAACUGUUAUAUCAGGAUAUGGACAGUUAUAUAUAUGAUAUAAAAACAAAUAAUAUUUAUCAAGAUAUGAAUGGAAUGAUCGAUUACUUUGAUACAUUCGAUUAUCCUGAGAAUAAUCAACAUGGUAUACCGAAAGUUAAUAAGAAGGUGUUAGGUAAAAUGAAGGAUGAAAAUAAUGGAAAAAUAAUGAGAGAAUUUGUUACAAAGAAAUCAAAAGAAGUAAAGAAAUGUGUUGUUAAAAAUAGGAUAUCAUUUGAUGAUUAUAAAGACUGUUUGUUUAAUAAAACAGAGCAUUCCGAACAAUAA